CAAGCAUGAUCCAAGGUUCACGUUCAGCAAACAGCAGGAAAGAUAUACUCCUCAACAUUUUCCUCUUCCUCCUAGCUACAAAAUUCAACAAAAGCUUUCAGUUAACGCUGAGCGACUGCGGAUCAGAGUACAGACGUCCAGAGUACACAGACAUCUCUGUAAACUGUGGAACGGAGUACAUCAAUCUGGCUAUCAAAUUCUGUCCUGUCAUGUACACCGGCUACAACGAAUCAGAGUUAAUUCUCAACAACAUCAUGAAUAACCCAGACUGCCAUGCGACCAUCGAUACUACCGUUUUACCUCCUGUGGCCCGAUUUAGGUUCCUGCUUAACUCAACCAAUGCCUGCGGCAGCAACUUUGUUACAAUAAGGAGUAUAGGGACAGGUGUAUUCUCAGACUUCUCCAACAUCGAGACGGUCAACAUCAGUGGAAUUAUACGAUCGAAAGACAUCACAACAGGCACUGUGACGUAUAAUGCUGAGCUGAAGUACUACUACUCAUGCUCCUAUCCUCUGGAGUACAUGAUCAACAACACUCAAGUGGAUGUGUCGGCCUCCUCGAUUGCAGUAAAAGACAACAAUGGCAGUUUCAUCAGCACUCUGAAUCUCAGACUCUUCAGUGACAUAAACUACACCCAGCCUCUUGUCAUGCCUCCCCUCGGUAUUGAGCUGAAGACUAAUGUGUUUGUGCAAGUGGAGGCCACCAACUUGACCUCCCAGUACCUUUUGCUGCUGGACAGAUGCUAUGCCUCCAUUUCCACCAUCCCCACCACCAGGAGCUACUUCAACCUCUUUAUGCCUUGCGGCAGUGAUCGGCUCACUAAAAUGCUGGUGAAUGGGGAGAUGCAAGUUGCUCGGUUCUCGUUUCCAGCCUUCCGCUUCACAGAGCAGCAGAACCAGACAGUAUCGACAUACUAUCUGCACUGCAUUACAAGACUCUGUGAAAUAUCAACCUGCAAUACAUUUAGGCAAUGUGGCAAACGAAAAAGGAGAGAUGUUGUGCCUUUGACCACCACUCCUUCUCCAAAUGGAGUCACAGAAUCCAAAAUCAUCACAUCACCAGCCAUCGUCAUACGUGCAGAUCAUGUGGUGGCAACAAAAGAGGAAGAAGUUACAAUCAGCACGAAAAAACCUUUAGACUCUUCUGUGAGUCUUGGCGUAGCUGUGGGCAUCCUGGCAUUUGCCUGCAUCAUGAUCGUAGGAAUGGGAGCAGUUUUCUACAAGAGACACUGGCACAACACACCUUCAAAAAUGCUCCGGUGAGCUGAGACUCCCUGCUCCUGCUCCAAGAGAGGACUGCUGUUCCCCACCGGGACAAUCUCUUACCACUGGAGGGCUGAGUGUAGAACUGUUUCAGACAUUUUGAUCUUUUCUAUAAUGUUUCUUGGUGAAUAAUCAUAGCAUAAUGUGGUUUAGAAGAGCAACAAUGCACUACAUCAGCUCUACACCAUAAACUUUUGUUUAAGUGUAGCUUGGACCUGGAAAUACAUGUUAAAAGCACAACCAAAACAGAGUUUAUAUAUAAGGCAAUAUGUAUUCUCUGUGAUUUUGUGUUUUUGAAUUGAAGUGCAUUAAAAGUACUGACCCAUCAAAUGAAUCCAAUCCCAAUGAGCUCAC